UGAAAGAGGAAAUCCAUUCCUUAAGAACUUCAUAACACAAUCGGCUGUUAUAAGGGGUCUUGAAGGAUGCAAAGGGAGGGAUUGGUUUGACUGCAUCUCUGCUCAUCCUAUAUCAGAGCUUGGCCUCCCUUACAUGUCCCCUGAUGAGGUUAUUUGCGUUCAAAACGAUGAACUGAUUUUGGAAGCAUUCAAGAAAAUGAGAGACAACAAUAUUGGAGGUCUUCCAGUUGUGGAAGGGACAAAGAAGAAGAUAGUUGGCAAUGUAAGCAUAAGAGACAUCAGAUUCUUGUUACUCAAGCCUGAACUCUUCUCCAAUUUCAGGCAGCUGACAGUCACGGGCUUCAUGAACACAGUUGCUUCGGCAACUCAUGAUGCCACAAAGGUUUCUACACCAAUAACAUGCAAGCAUGAGUCAACUCUUGGUAAUGUGAUAGACACUCUUGCAUCCAAGUUGGUUCACAGGAUCUACGUGACGGCUGGGGAAGACGAUGAAGUCAUUGGUGUUAUUACACUCAGAGAUGUCAUUUCUUGCUUCAUAUUUGAACCACCAAACUUCUUUGAUAACUAUUUUGGAUUUUCAGCACAAGAAAUGCUAGGGCAAUAAUACUCCUGUUGGUGAAUAAGCAGGAUAUGGGGGAUGUCAAAAGAACCAGCACAAGGUCUUUGGCAUAAGAUCAAAGAAACAGUCUCGUGUACCGCUUUAACAUGUACAAGAUGUUCCUUUUAUGCGACUCGUGCAGCAUUAUCGCUUGGUAGUUUUUUGAGUUUUUUUGUUUCUCCAGUUCAUUUAAGGUCAUUCGGUCUUACUACCUAACUACAAAUAGGGAUCGAUAGUGAUAAAUUGAAUCCAAAAUUUCAUCUUGUUUAAAUAAUGCUCAACUGUGAUGUUAGAAUAUGCCUCGAGUUACAAAAUAAUUGCUGGUGUGCCUGUUGUCUUUUCAUAUUUCCUUGGUUACAAGAGUUUCUUCCGAGUAUUGCACUUG